UCUGUGACGCUCUAAAACGUCGCCGGUGAAGAACUGUUUACAUGGGAGCGAAGGGCACGCGGAGGAGCACAUAACUUGAUAGAUUGGAGGAAAUUUAAAAUCAACAGAUGAGCAGCAGUGGGGCCAGCCCCAUGGCAGGCAGCAGUAGCAGCAGCAGCAGUGGCGUGGCGGGGAGAGGAACCGGAAAGGCCACCAACUUCAUCCCUGAGCUUCAGAGCAUGAUGUUUGCCUUGGGAGACUCGCGUAGACCUCUACAUGAGACGGCAGCGCUGGUGGAGGACAUUGUGCACACCCAGCUCAUCAACAUGCUCCAUCAGGCUGCGGAAGUUUCUCUCUUAAGAGGAGCAAGAGUCAUAUCAGCUGAGGACAUUCUGUUUUUAAUGAGGAAAGACAAGAAAAAAGUACGGAGGCUGUUGAGGUACAUGCAGUUCCGAGACUACAAGUCUAAAGUCCUCAAGACCAUUGAUGACGAAGAACCUCUGGAGCAAGACAAAUACAGCAGCAGCAGUGUGAACAAAAGGAAACGGCUGGUCCAGGACUUCCUCAGCUCCAUUGACCAGACGGGGGAAUUCUUGGCCCUGCUGGAGGAGGAUGACGUGGACGAAGUCAAGCAGGAGAGAUUGGAGAGAAUGGAGAGACAGACAAGAACCAUGGACAUGGCACAGUACUCGGAGUUCUGUGAAAGUCGACAGCUCAGCUUCUCCAAAAAGGCCUCUAAGUUUCGAGAGUGGCUUGACUGCAGCAGUCUGGACGUGAAGCCUAAUGCUGUCUCCAUGGAGAUUCUGUCAUACUUAGCCUAUGAGACAGUUGCCCAGGUAGUGGACUUGGCCCUGUUAGUCAAGCAGGACAUGACGCCGAAAGCCGGUGACCCGUUCAGCCACGCUAUUUCUGCCACGUUCAUCCAGUACCACAACUCUGCUGCCGAGGUCCACUCUGGCAGGAGAGACACUGACUCUCCGGAUAAUACCCCCCCGUCCACCCCCAGCGGCCCCCUCACAGCUGCCCUGCAGGGCAAACUCCCCUCCUUGGCCCAUGGCAACGGGGGCCUGGCCCAGGCCCAGGAGCCCAACAGCAAGACCAAGCAGAGGAAGAGGAAGAAGAGUGCAGCAGCCUGUGGCGCAGAGGCUCAGAGCAGUGCCAUCCAGCCCGCCCACAUCAGAGAAGCCAUCAGGCGCUACAGCCACAAGAUUGGCCCGCUCUCUCCGUUCUCAAGUGCCUACCGCAGGAGUGGAAUGACUUUUCUGGCCUGCUAAAUCUGGAGGAGUAGGAGGAAGAGGAAGAUGAGGAUGAUGAAGAAGAUGUAAAGGAAGAGAGGGGGAGUGGGAUGACCACCAUCUGACUGUACACGCCACUCACUCUGCCUUUUUCCAUGUCUUUUUCUUGGACAUUUCUCCUGUGUCAGUAUGGGGCUGUUUACAAGCUCCAGGCUUUAGUUCAUUUAGGAAGGAAGUGUUGCAUGCCAGAGGAGGAUGACAGGGUUGCUAAUGGAGUGACAUGUUCAGUCUAAAUACAUUUUGUUUUUGUUUAUCUUACAGCUGUUUUUGUUCCAGUUCCUUAUUUACUUUUUAAAACAACAUUUUUUUUUUAGAUUGUGGUCUUGUUUUCUCUUAAUUAUUAUUCAUGUUGUUAUAAGUUUAAAGAUGAACAAACAUAUCAUUGAACUGAAAUUCUUUGCUGACAGUUUUCUAUUGAAUGCCAAUUCACAAUUUAAUAGUUAGUUGAAGGGUUGGUUGUGACAUUAAUAUACUCGUAUGUUGUCAUUCUAAUUUUCAAUUUAUUUUCCCCAAAAUACAUUUAAAAUCCAGUUGAAUGAUAUUGUAUUCUUCUAUGAAGGAGACAAGUGUGUGUGUAUGUGUGUAAUAAAUAAAGUGAACAAAAGCAG